CUUAACACGACGUCGUACUAAUCACUCUUGGCUGCCUCACUUGGUCCAGUGCUCGUCGUGCUUGGAGGGAAUCGGAGGUUUUUCGGAGUAGAAAGCUCCAUUUCAUCACUCCACAGUCUCCCUGUUUGUCGAAAUCCCAUCAACCUUUGUUUCCAGCAUAGACCAGCACAAUGGAAGACAGUAAAAACCAUUCUUCUGAAGAAACUACAAAGGGGUUUGCUAAAAGCACCAAAGAUCAAAAACUAAAUGUGUAUGUGUGGGACAUGGAUGAAACUAUCAUCCUGCUCAAGUCUUUGUUGAAUGGGACAUAUGCUGAGGCUUUUUGUGGUUCAAAGGAUAUUAAAAGGGGUGAAGAACUUGGCAAAAUUUGGGAGAAGCAGAUUCUUGAUCUGUGUGAUCAUCACUUCUUCUAUGAACAAAUAGAAAACUAUAAUCAACCGUUCAUUGAUGCAUUGAGUGAAUAUGAUGACGGCCGGGAUCUUUCCGAUUAUGAUUUUGACCAAGAUGGGUUCGAUCCACCAUAUGAUGAUGGAAACAAAAGAAAAUUGGCUUUUAGGCAACGUGCUAUAGCCAAUAAGUACAAAGAGGGCCUGCAGAAUAUCUUUGAUGAGCAGAAGAUGAAGUUCUGGGAAGAGUUAUAUGAAAUGACUGAUGUCUAUACAGAUAGAUGGUUCUCCUCAGCACGAGCUUUCUUGGAGGAGUGUGCAUUUUCAGACGAACCACCACUCGUGUCUGCUGAUCGGGCACGUAACAGUACUUCUAGAAGUUCUCAGCAUGUUAAUAUCUUGGUGACUUCUGGAUCAUUGAUACCCAGCCUUGUGAAAUGCUUACUAUUUCGGCUUGAUCAUCUAAUAACACCCGGAAAUGUUUACAGUUCAUGGGAAGUGGGGAAACUACAAUGUUUCAAAUGGAUCAAGGAGCGUUUUAACAAGACGAAUGUUCGUUUCUGCGUAAUAGGCGACGGAUGGGAAGAGUGCGAAGCUGCACAGUCCUUGAAAUGGCCAUUUGUUAAGAUUGAGCUGCAACCUGGAAGCCCUCACAGAUUUCCUGGUCUGUCUUUGAAAACACUUGGCUUUUACUUCUCUGUUAUUUAUGGUAACUCUGAUUCAUCAAGUGAUGAAGAAUAGCUCACAUAAUCGGUAACAGAUAAGCUAAUCAUUUUCCAUGCUUCAUCUCUGUGUUCUUAUGAAAUACAAGAGAUAAGUAUUAUGGCUGUCUUUUAUGUUCAAAGAUGAUAUGCAUAAUCACAAUCAUUAGCCGGCCAUAAUAAGUCUGUAUUUUUCUUCCAUAUUGUAAUGUACUUCUGCUUGUAUUGAUCAAUAUUCAGUGGCUGUAAUCUUUGUUCUGAGAAUGCAAAACUUGGUUAUCUUAAGCUGUUGUUUGCAUU